AUAAUAGUUUUUGAUCUCUGACGUCACGCGGUUGCCACGCGUUCAAAGAGUUGCAAAGCGCUGUAAAAAGCAAAGUAUUCAUAGCUUUGUGUAGUUUGCAUUAUUCUUGCAAAAUCAUGUCAUUUAUCAGUUUGAUACUUUUAUUUGUACAGGGUUACAGCCUUGUAUUAAGCCAGACAGAUGCCAAAACUAGUGAAGAAGUGCAAGGAGAAGAGGUCAAAAUUGAAGUGAUUCACCUCCCGGAAGGCUGCACUCAGAAGAGCAAAAAAGGAGACUUGUUGAAUGCCCAUUAUGAUGGCUUUUUAGCGUCUGAUGGAUCUCAGUUUUACUGCAGUCGUUCAGAAGCUGAGGGACACCCAAAGUGGUUUAUACUUGGUGCUGGACAAGUGAUAAAAGGGAUUGAUACAGGUAUGCUGGGCAUGUGUCCUGGAGAAAAAAGAAAACUUACAAUUCCUCCAUCACUGGGAUUUGGGACAACUGGAAAAGAUCGUGUACCUCCUAAUGCAACGUUAAUUUUUGAGGUUGAACUGUAUGCAGUUACAAAAGGUCCCCGCAGUGUGGAAGCAUUUUAUGAGAUCGAUGUAGAUAAGGACAAGAAACUUUCUCGAGAUGAGAUAAGUAACUAUUUGAAGAAAGAGUUUGAAAGAGAUUCUAAGAACCGCGACUCAUCCUCGCAUGACGCUGUGUUGACUGACAUUUUUCUGAAGAAUGAUUAUGACAACGAUGGUUUCAUUUCUACCAAAGAGUACAAUCUACUGCGGCACGACGAACUGUAACAAAUGUGUCUUGUUACCUUAGGGUUUUUGUGAUUUCUCUAAUGAAUACUAAUAUAAGUUGACUUAUUUGUGCACUGCAGUAAAACUGAAUGACUGCUACGUUUUCUGGCCUAAGAAAGCUGAUAUAGGGGCAUUUUUACACCUGAAGAGUAUCCACUUACCUUUGACUGCAGCAAAAUGAUUAUCUAAAAAACUUCAUUUUUGUGUAACAUGAUUUUCAAAUUUAAAAAGAAAUAAAUUGGAUAUAAAUUUAUUUAAGACUGUUGUAAGUUUGCAAAAUUCUGUUUUAUUAAUAAUGAAAAUGCAUGUUGAUUAAGUAGAGGCUAGCAUAUGAUCAUAUUUCAAACUAGUGUUUUUUGUGUCUUUUUUGCCAUGUAUUUUAUACUAUUUUCCAUUAAAUUGUAUGUUCAAAAACAGUAACAUACAGAGCUAUAAACUAAAAAGAUUAAAUAAAUGCUACUGUAUAAAGUAGUUCAAAAUACAUAUGUGCCUGCAAGAUUGCUAGCAGACAGGAUUGUGUGUAUUGUGCAAGGAUUACUACUGCACUGUAAUUACUUUCAAUACUGUGUGAAAUUUGUAAAAUUUUUACAGUCUGUUUUUUUUUUGCAUUGAAUUAUGUAUGAUAGAUUGGUGUUUUUAAUGUCCUUUGUGGCCCCAAAAAAAAGCUUAAAAAUAA